AUGGGGCGGCGGCGGCGGGGGGCGCUGCCGGAGCCGGCGGGCGGCUGCUCCUGCUGCCUGGCGGCGGCGCUGCCGCUGCUGCUGCUGCUGCUGCCCGCCGGGUGCCCGGUGCGGGCGCAGAACGACACGGAGCCCAUCGUGCUGGAGGGGAAGUGCCUGGUGGUCUGCGACUCCAGCCCCUCGGCCGACGGCGCCAUCACCUCCUCCCUGGGGAUCUCGGUGCGCUCGGGCAGCGCCAAGGUGGCUUUCUCGGCCACCCGCAGCACCAACCACGAGCCCUCCGAGAUGAGCAACCGCACCAUGACCAUCUACUUCGACCAGGUAUUAGUUAAUAUUGGCAACCAUUUUGAUCUUACUUCCAGUAUAUUUGUAGCACCAAGAAAAGGGAUAUAUAGUUUCAGUUUCCACGUGGUCAAGGUCUAUAACAGACAAACCAUCCAGGUAAGUUUAAUGCAAAACGGCUACCCAGUGAUUUCAGCUUUUGCAGGGGAUCAGGACGUCACCAGAGAAGCAGCCAGCAAUGGGGUCUUACUCCUCAUGGAAAGAGAAGACAAAGUGCAUCUCAAACUGGAAAGGGGUAACCUCAUGGGAGGGUGGAAAUAUUCAACCUUUUCCGGCUUCUUAGUCUUUCCGCUAUAAAAGAAGGCCAAAUAGGAGACAGAUCCAUGAGCCGGAGCAAGGAUUCAAUUGUCAAUGAUACCCUGAACUUGGCAGCACACGACAAUAUUUUCAGUCACCCCGUCAGACUGUCACAGUAGAAGAAUGAUAACCUUCUAAACUCCAACAUUUGCUUUGAAUAUUGACAAUUCCUUGGAACCUGCGCCUCUAAUUAGUUUUAGACGACAGUGAUCUUUAGGAGAAAUGAAAUUAUCGACCUGAGCAAUUUGUACCUGUGAUUGUAAAGUCAAUUUUGGAUUUUAUUGUUGGGAUCAUUGACUUUCUUAUUCUUUUUUUCUUCCUCUCUUUCAUUUUUUCCUCUUUCUUUCUCUUGUUGUUGUCCCAAUGAAACGAAUAACUCGGACCACAGAAUCACUUUGUCAAAGGCUCACUCCAGAGCCAGAAGAAUGGAGUGUUCAGCCCAAUGAGGUGUUCUUCCAUGCUUUAUUUCUUUGUGUUGUAUAGCCUUAAGAAAAAAAAAAAAAAAAAAAGAAAAGAAAAAAAAAGAAAAAAAAAAGAAUGGCUUCAGUCAGUCUCAGUCCUGUAUUUUUCUGGGGGAGGGGGAUUCUGGACAUUACUGUGUCAAGAAGUGCUUUAUCCAGUGAAGCAAAAUUUGCACGAUUGGAAUCUUAUUUGUGUUGUUCGUGUUUUUCAUCAAUUUUUUUUUCCUGAUUUUUGUUUGUGCGUGCUAAAAAUGUAAGCUAGAUUGAUCAAUAAGACAAGAAAAAAGCACAUAUAUACCCUGUAGCUCUAAGUAAAGCUAACCAGUGAACAAUUCUGUCUGCACUUUCCAGCUGAUCUUUAUAGACCUAUUUAGAGAGAGAGAAAGAGAGAGAAAGCGCAAGAGAGCUACAUGAUCCUUCAAUUGCAAUCUAGAAACUGGUAAAGGAACUGACAUUUCUGAAUUUUCCUGACAUUUCUAGAAGCAACAGUGGAGGCUUUGAAUAUCUUCUCUGGUCAUACCCUAAAAUAUAUAAUUUCUUUGCAUUACCAUAUUUUGGGUACUUUUAUCUGAUAUUUAUUUGAUAUAUUUGUCCACUAAUGCUUGAGUACACAUUGUGGGAGCACAGAGAUGGCAGAGCAAAUUCUUCCUUUUCCAAAUUAAAUAAAAUCAUCUCCGCUUGAGCUAUCUGUGGCAAGUGUUGGAGAAGUAGACACAAACAUAUCUGACAGCCUUGGAGAGAGGGGCCUCAGCAGGAGAGGGGCCUCACAGGAUCAACAAAUGCUCCAGAAGUUGGCACAGAUGCCGUGAAUAUAUUCUUCUCAACAUAAGUGGCCUCACAGUUCUAGGGGUGGACUGACAUCGUUGUUGAACAUUGGGGAAAUUGUUAUCCAAAUCAACAAGAGGUAAAAUAUCAGGCCAAUAUCAAAUAUGUGCUUUUGCCUCAUUCUCAAUAAACUGAUCUUGUUUCUUUAGUUUUUUAA